AUGGUGGAGGACGCCAGCAAAAGUGGAGAUAAAAGUACAGACCUGGAAAAGAAAUUUGAACGGUGGCGCUGUCGUCCUCGCAACUGCCUCCUAGUUUUAAUUGUUUUGACUGUGGUUCUUUUGUACUAUGUGAACAUCUCACAAGUCUCUGAAAUCUGGUUAAUGAUUUACAACACAACAUCUACAGAAACAGCCUCAAACGCAACAGCCAUCAACCUGUUAACUUUGCAGUCAACUGUAGCCACUACUUUAGCAGGAAAGAAAAAUGACUCAAUUUCUAUACUGCCUACUGAAGAACCGUGUACUCCUGAGACACCAUAUCAUGUGGCGUACCCCUGCAGAUAUCAUUACAUAAUAAAUGAACCAGAGAGUUGUCAACAGGACAAUCCUUUUCUGGUCCUCAUGGUGCCUGUGGCACCAAACAACAGGAGAGUUCGGGAUGCCAUCCGUAGUACCUGGGGUACCGAGAAGGUGGUUAUGCAAAAGGUGAUAAGGCUUUUCUUUGUGCUUGGUCAACCUGGACGUGAAGGGCAGGAGGAGGAGCAGCAGAAGCUGAUCCAGGAGAGCGAGGAAUUUCAUGAUAUUGUGCAGAGCAAUUUUAUGGACAGCUACAACAAUCUUACCAUCAAAACCAUGAUAAUUUUGGAAUGGCUGACAAGCUACUGCCGAAAUGCCAGCUAUGCCAUGAAGAUAGACUCAGACAUAUUCCUUAAUCUGGAUGUUUUAGUCAAUAUGCUUCUCAAGGCUCCCAUAGAGAAGUAUAUGACUGGGCUUGUUGCUAAAGGGGCCAUGGUGCGUAGAGAACCCCGGUCAAAAUGGUAUCUGCCAAAAACUGUAUAUUUUGAAGACUUUUAUCCACCUUAUGCUCUUGGUUUGGCAUAUGUGAUGUCUUUGGACCUUCCAGAAAAACUUGUUGAAGGAGCCAAGCAGGUCAAAGCGGUCUAUAUUGAAGAUAUUUAUUUGGGAUUGUGCAUGAGGCAUCUGGGAAUACCUUUCACUUCGCAAAGAGAUCAGAGUUUGUUCAACGUCUUCCCUGUUCCCUACAAUCGCUGUCGUUACUCAAAACUCAUUGCAACAACGACAAAUAGCUUAGAAGAACAAGUAAACUCCUGGAAAGACUAUAAGAGACCAGAGCCACAUUGUUAA